CGCCGCGGUGGAAGCAGGGGGGCAGGGAGUGGGAGGAGCCGGGCUGUGUGUGUGAGUGAGUUCGCGGCCGGCUGGCGGGAGCGCGCUCGGUCCCCUGGGAGGACGCGUGAGCGCGGGCGGAGCUGGUGCCUGAGGAGGAGUGAGUGAGAGCUGUGUGUGAGCGCUGUGAGAGCGCUUUGAGAGUGUCCGGCGGAGCCGCGGGUUCGCCUCCUCCGUACGGGCGCGCUCGUGCACUUCUAUCGGAUUAAACUUGAGCCGAAAUUAAAACACAAAGGCAAAAAGAGCAAAAGGGGGAGAGAGAGAGACCACAGCCAGCCGAGAGCAGCCGCACGGACACGGGACGGACUCCGAGAGUAACCCAAGCGGGCUGGAGUGUGGGGAGAGCGUCAACUAUACAGGCAGAGAUCGUCCCCCUCCUCCCGUGCGGCUGGGAGAGGAGGGCAGGGGCACAUAAGAGUUGCCCAUAUAUAUCUACUCAUCUGCUCAUGAGACAAUAGGGCAGUGUGAGCGCCGCUGGGCGAAGAGCACCCUCCUGCCCGGGUACAGCUACCAGACUGCCUAACGCUGCAUAGUCCAACAGAAUUAAGAAAAUAUGGAAUGACAUGAAAGAGAUUAGCUAAGGAUUAAAAGCUUUGAGGACAAACACCUCAGUGAGGUGAAGCACAAUCUUGCACUUGUGACUCCAGAGGGGGGCACACAAAGAAUUAAAAAUGGCAGACCCUGGCAUGAUGAGUUUGUUUGGAGAGGAUGGGAACCUUUUUAGUGAAGGAUUAGAAGGUCUAGGUGAAUGUGGCUUCCCAGAAAAUCCUGUAAAUUCCAUGGCACAGCAAAUGCCUAUGGACCAGGGAUUUGGCACACUUCAGUCACCGCUCCAUCACAGUACAAGCAAUCAAAACCAAUCUAAGCUGACACAUUUUGAUCACUAUAACCAAUACGAACCACAAAAAAUGCACAUGAUAGACCAGCCUAACAGAAUGAUGGCAAACACUCCUGGAAAUGGUAUUGCCUCUCCACAUUCACAGUAUCACAACACACCUGUUCCUCAAGUCCCCCAUGGAGGUGGCCAAAUGGGUGUGUACCCUGGUAUGCAGAAUGACCGACAUGGGCCAUCUUUUGUGGACAAUGGCUCUAUGUGGGGACCCAGGGCUGUGCAGGUGCCGGACCAGAUACGACCACCUUACCAGCAGCAGUCACAACAGCAGCAACCAGCACCUUCCGGACCCCAAGGUCCUCCUCACCCUCAGCAUGUUCAACAGAUGGGAAAUUAUAUGGUGCGAGGAGAUUUUUCAAUGCAACAACAUGGUCCACUACAGUCACAAAGGAUGAACCAGUUUUCACAAGGGCAAGAGGGUCUUAAUCAGGGAAAUCCUUUCCUUGGUGCUUCAGGACCAGGUCACUUGUCACAUGUGCCCCAGCAAAAUCCUAACAUGGGAUCUUCUCUACGUCAUACAGUACAACAGUUUCAUCAUCACCCUCCCACUACUCUGCAUGGGGAAUCUGUUGCUCACAGUCCUCGAUUUUCUCCUAAUCCUUCUCAGCAGGGUGCAGUGAGGCCACAGUCCCUUAAUUUUAAUUCUCGUAACCAGACUGUACCUUCACCCACGUUAAACAACUCAGGGCAGUAUUCCCGAUAUCCUUAUAGUAACCUUAAUCAGGGAUUAGUUAAUAAUACAGGGAUGAAUCAGAAUUUAGGCCUUACAAACAACACUCCAAUGACUCCAUCUGUACCUAGAUACCCAAAUGCUGUGGGGUUUCCAUCAAAUAGUAGUCAAGGACUGAUGCACCAGCAACCUAUUCAUCCUAGUGGCUCACUUAACCAAAUGAACCCACAAACUAUGCAUCCUUCACAGCCUCAGGGAACCUAUGCUUCUCCACCUCCCAUGUCACCACUGAAAGCAAUGAGUAACCCAGCCGGUACCCCUCCACCACAAGUUAGGCCUGGCAGUGCUGGGAUACCUAUGGAUGUUGGAAGUUACCCAAAUAUGCCCCAUCCUCCUCCAACUCACCAGCCCCCUGGCAGCAUGGGUAUGGGGCAAAGGAAUAUCGGCCCUAGAAACAUUCAGCAGAGUCAAGCCUUCAUGGGUAUGUCUUCAGCACCAAGGGAGAUGGGUGGGCACAUGAGACCAAAUGGCUGUCCUGGAGUUAGCCAUGCAGAUCCACAGGCAAUACAAGAAAGGAUGAUGUCUGGUCAGCAGCAUCCUGGUCAUCAAUCUUUUCAACAGCAAAUGGCAAACUGUCAGCCUCAUCCAGCUAUGCACCAUCAGUCUUCACCUCCGUCACAUUCUCAUCACCAACCAUGGACUUCGCUUCAUCAGUCACCUCAGAACACCCCUCAGAAAGUGCCUGUCCAUCAGCAUUCUCCUUCAGAAUCUUUCCUUGAUAACUCUGUGCCGGAUAUGACUCGGAUAAGUGGCCCCAAUGCUUCUUUAAUGAACACAGAAGAUUUCUUGCCAUCCAUGCAGUCCCAGACACCACAAAAGAAAAGGAAGAAAAAAAACAACCACAUUGCUACUGAUAAAACUGUUGGAGGGUUUGGGCUGGAAGGUUUCCCUGGGGAAAACUCUGACCUCUUAAUUGACGGAGCACCAGAUGGAAAGAAAAAGAAAAAGCCUAAAGUCAAAAAAGAGCCCAAGGAGCCAAAAGAGCCCAAAGCAAAGAAAGAGCCAAAGGAACCUAAGGCUCCCAAACAACCCAAGCCCCCCAAAGAGCCAAAAGAGAAGAAGGUGAAGACAACCACGCCAAAACCAAAGGCAAGCAAAAAGACCAGCAAUAAGUCGGAUGCAGAGGGCAGUGCUCAGAAGAAAAAAGUUAAUAAAGUGAAACCAGAAGGGGUUGAACCUUUAGAUUUGGAUAAAACCCCACCCCCUUCUUCUCCCCCUCCUCCUCCAGAAGAGGAAGAUGACUCGGGAGUACAGAAGAGGCGCUCUAGCAGGCAGGUUAAAAGGAAGCGCUACACUGAAGACCUAGAAUUUAAGAUUUCAGAUGAAGAGCCUGAUGAUGCAGAUGGAAGAGACUCUCCUUCCAACACAUCUCAGUCGGAGCUGCAGGAUGGACUAGAUGCUGAAGGACCCGUGGUGGAGAAAAUCAUGAGUUGCCGGUUAACAAAAAAACAACUGGAAUCUGGUGAAGAGGUGGAGAUAGAAGAAUUCUAUGUGAAAUAUAAGAACUACUCAUACUUGCACUGCCAUUGGGCUACUUUGGAAGAACUGGAGAAAGACAAGAGGAUCCAACAGAAAAUAAAGCGAUUUAAAGCAAAGCAAGGGCAAAACAAGUUUCUUUCAGAGAUUGAGGAUGAUCUGUUUAAUCCUGACUACGUUGAAGUUGAUCGGAUACUGGAUGUGGCUACCAGCACAGAUGAAAAUGGAGAGCCUGUCUGUCACUACUUGGUGAAAUGGUGUUCCCUUCCGUAUGAAGACAGCACUUGGGAACUGAAGCAGGACUUGGAUCAAGCAAAGAUUGAAGAAUUUGAGAAACUUCAGAGCAGGGAGCCAGAAACAGAGCGCGUGGAGCGACCUCCUGCCGAUGACUGGAAGAAAUCUGAGAGUUCCAGGGAGUAUAAAAAUAAUAACAGUCUCAGGGAAUACCAGUUGGAGGGAGUAAACUGGCUGCUGUUCAAUUGGUACAACAAACGAAAUUGCAUUUUAGCAGAUGAAAUGGGUUUGGGGAAGACAAUUCAGUCGAUCACUUUUCUGUAUGAGAUAUACUUAAAGGGAAUUCAUGGGCCCUUUUUGGUCAUUGCUCCACUGUCAACAAUCCCAAACUGGGAAAGGGAGUUUCGCACUUGGACAGAGUUGAAUGUGGUCGUUUAUCAUGGGAGUCAAGCAAGCAGGAAAACUAUACAACUUUAUGAAAUGUACUUCAAGGAUCCACAGGGAAAAAUUAUAAAAGGGGCUUAUAAGUUUCAUGCGAUCAUUACAACAUUUGAAAUGAUUUUAACGGACUGCCCCGAGCUCAGGAACAUCCAUUGGCGAUGUGUGGUUAUUGAUGAGGCUCAUCGACUGAAGAACAGAAACUGUAAACUUUUGGAAGGCCUGAAGAUGAUGGAUCUGGAGCACAAAGUACUGCUAACAGGAACUCCUUUACAAAACACCGUGGAGGAGCUUUUUAGUCUGCUUAACUUUUUGGAACCAGACCGUUUUCCUUCAGAGAGCAAUUUCAUGCAAGAAUUUGGAGAUUUGAAAACUGAAGAACAGGUGCAAAAACUCCAAGGCAUUCUAAAACCAAUGAUGCUGAGGCGCCUCAAGGAAGAUGUGGAAAAGAAUCUGGCUCCAAAAGAAGAAACCAUAAUAGAAGUAGAGCUGACAAACAUUCAGAAGAAAUAUUAUCGUGCAAUUCUUGAGAAGAACUUUGCUUUCCUCUCCAAGGGUGGUGGAGGUGGUCAUGCAAAUGUCCCUAAUCUUUUAAACACUAUGAUGGAACUCCGAAAAUGCUGCAAUCAUCCUUACCUUAUAAAUGGUGCUGAAGAGAAAAUUUUGGAAGAGUUUAGAGAAACGCACAAUUGUGACCCUUCAGAUUUUCAGCUUCAGGCAAUGACCCAAGCCGCUGGCAAACUAGUUCUGAUUGACAAGCUGCUGCCAAAGCUGAAGGCUGGUGGCCACAGGGUGCUUAUCUUUUCACAGAUGGUGCGGUGCUUGGACAUACUGGAAGACUACCUCAUUCAACGAAGGUAUCCAUAUGAGAGAAUUGAUGGCAGAGUAAGAGGCAACCUUCGUCAGGCUGCUAUUGACAGAUUUUCCAAACCCGAUUCUGAUAGGUUUGUGUUCCUGCUAUGUACAAGGGCAGGAGGUCUGGGCAUUAAUUUAACUGCUGCUGAUACUUGCAUUAUCUUUGAUUCUGACUGGAACCCCCAGAAUGACCUUCAGGCUCAAGCGCGAUGCCAUAGAAUAGGCCAAAGUAAAUCUGUGAAAAUUUACAGACUGAUCACUCGGAAUUCCUAUGAGAGGGAAAUGUUUGAUAAGGCCAGUUUAAAGCUUGGGCUGGAUAAAGCAGUCUUGCAGUCCAUGAGUGGAAGAGACAAUGCUACCAAUGGGGUGCAACAGCUAUCCAAAAAAGAAAUCGAAGACCUGCUGCGUAAAGGUGCUUAUGGAGCACUGAUGGAUGAAGAAGAUGAAGGCUCCAAAUUCUGUGAAGAAGAUAUUGAUCAAAUUCUCUCUCGUCGCACUCAUACAAUAACAAUAGAGUCUGAAGGAAAGGGGUCUACGUUUGCGAAGGCUAGUUUUGUUGCAUCUGGAAACAGGACAGACAUUUCUCUGGAUGAUCCCAAUUUCUGGCAAAAAUGGGCAAAGAAAGCUGAACUGGAUCUUGAUGUACUAAAUGGAAGGAACACUUUAGUAAUUGACACGCCACGAGUAAGAAAGCAAACCAGACUGUUUAGUGCAGUGAAGGAGGAUGAGCUCAUGGAAUUCUCUGAUCUGGAGAGCGAUUCUGAGGACAAACCAAGUAUCAAACCACGAAGGCCUCAGGAUAAAUCUCUGGGCUAUGCAAGGAGUGAAUGUUUCAGAGUUGAGAAGAAUCUUCUAGUAUAUGGGUGGGGCCGAUGGACUGACAUACUCUCACAUGGCCGAUUCAAACGUCAGCUUUCUGAGCAAGAUGUGGAAACCAUCUGCCGUACCAUUCUGGUCUACUGUCUCAACCAUUACAGAGGGGAUGAAAACAUCAAAGGUUUCAUAUGGGACCUGAUUACACCAACAGAAGAUGGACAGACAAGAGCUUUGGUUAAUCACUCAGGUCUGUCUGCCCCUGUGCCCAGGGGAAGGAAAGGGAAGAAAGUAAAAAGCCAGAAUUCACAGCCUGUGUUAAAGCAUGCCGACUGGCUCCAGAGCUGUAACCCCGACACCUUGUUUCAAGAGGACAGCUACAAAAAGCACCUGAAGCAUCACUGUAACAAGGUCCUGCUGCGUGUCCGCAUGCUGUACUAUUUGAGGCAAGAAGUGAUAGGGGACCAAGCUGACAAAAUCUUGGAGGGUGCUGACUCAAGUGAGGUAGAUGUAUGGAUUCCAGAGCCAUUCCAUGCUGAGGUUCCUACAGACUGGUGGGACAAUGAAGCAGACAAAUCCCUUUUGAUUGGUGUCUUCAAGCAUGGGUACGAGAAAUACAAUUCUAUCCGGGCCGACCCUGCUCUGUGCUUCCUAGAGAGAGCUGGUAUGCCGGAUGCUAAGGCAAUUGCUGCUGAACAGCGAGGAACAGAUAUGCUGGCAGAUGGCGGAGAUGGGGGUGACUUUGAUCGAGAGGAUGAGGAUCCAGAAUACAAACCAGCAAGGCUACCAUUUAAGGAUGACAUUGAUGAAUUUGCCAAUUCUCCACUGGAAGAUAAAGAAGAAGAAAUGGAGCCUACAGGAAAAUCUGGAGAAGGCAGCACAGAGUUAGGUCAUUUGUACUGGCCCAACACUUCAUCCCUAACCACCCGCCUUCGACGCCUCAUCACUGCUUAUCAGCGCAGUUAUAAAAGGCAACAAAUGAGGCAAGAUGCACAAAUGAAAAUCGACCGACGUAGGCGGCGUCCUCGGGAAGAAGUAAGGGCCCUGGAAGCUGAAAGAGAAGCAAUAAUAACAGAAAAACGCCAAAAGUGGACAAGGAGAGAAGAGGCAGAUUUCUAUCGUGUAGUAUCUACAUUUGGAGUUAUUUUUGACAAUGCCAAGCAAAAGUUUGACUGGAAUCAGUUCAGAGCUUAUGCCCGCUUGGAUAAAAAAUCAGAUGAGAGCUUGGAAAAAUACUUUAGCUGCUUUGUGGCUAUGUGUAGGAGGGUUUGUCACAUGGGAACUAAACCUGAUGAAGAUAUUUGUGAUCUUUCUAUGUUGAUUGAACCUAUAACGGAAGAACGUGCAUCGAGAACACUUUAUCGCAUUGAGCUUUUGAGGAAAAUAAGGGAGCAGGUUCUUAAUCACCCCCAAUUAAAUGAGAGGCUUAAAUUAUGCCAGCCCAGUAUUGAUUUGCCAGAAUGGUGGGACUGUGGGAAACACGACAGAGACUUGCUUGUUGGUGCAGCUAAACAUGGAGUCAGUAGGACAGAUUAUCACAUCCUGAAUGAUCCAGAACUUUCUUUUCUGGAAGCCCACAGAAGUUUUGCUCAAAACAAGGGGUCUUCCCAGCCAAGCAAUCUGCCCAUUCUAAUUCCACCCGGACCUGGUUACAGUGACACACCACCUAUAAUGCCUUCAACCCCUAAUCCUGAUGAAAAGGGCUCAGGUAAUGAAGAGGCAAUAACUGAGAAGGUUGAAGAUCCUGUAAUUAAGGAAGAAGCAGAAGUUAAAGAGGAGCAAGCUGAGGACACUGCUGAAAAGUCUAUAAAACAAGAGAGUGAUCUGGAAGCCAUUCCUGUUAAAGAUGAAAUUAAAAUGACAGAAGAGACUCCAGUUGGUCCAAAAUCCAUUUCAGAAAAAGGUUCAGAGGAAGAUGAUGAAAAACUGGAUUAUGAUGACAAAUCUGAGGAGUCCUCCCAGGCAGAAGUGGGUAUUGCGUCUCAGGAUAAAAAUUUUGAUGAAGAAAGCAAUGCUUCCUUGAGUACCGCCCGUGAUGAAACCAGAGAUGGAUUCUAUUUGGAGGAUGGCGAACAAUCUGGGUUGCAUAUGCUUCGUGAGAGGACCUUCUCUUUCUCUUUCUGGCCCAAGGACCGUGUAAUGAUCAACCGAUUAGACAACAUCUGUGAAGCUGUGCUGAAAGGAAAGUGGCCAGUAAACAGACGGCAGAUGUUUGACUUCCCAGGACUCCUCCCUGGGUACACACCAACUGCUGUGGACAGCCCCUUGCAAAAGAGAAGCUUUGCUGAGCUCUCCAUGGUGGCGCAAGGCAGCUAUAGUGGCAGUGAAGACAUUAGUGCUUCACCGCAAGUCUCCCAGGAAACUGCACUGAGCUUAUCUGUGCCACGUCAGCGAAGACGAAGGAGAAGGAAGGUAGAGGUUGAGGCAGAGCGGGCUGCAAAGAGAAGGAAUCUAAUGGAGAUGGUGGCUCAGUUGAGAGGAUCUCAAAUGGGAGCAGAAAAUGGACAAGAAAAAGUUGUAGAUUUAUCAAAUGCCUCCAGGGAGGCUACAAGUUCUACCUCAAGUUUUCCAUCUCUUACUUCUCAAUUUUUGUUAAAUAAUUCAUCCACCCCAGUUUCUGAUGCCUUUAAAACUCAAAUGGAGCGACUGCAGGCAGGUCUUUCAUGCACACCAACAAGGCAUCUACUCAAUGGCUCUUUAAUUGAUGGUGAACCUCCCAUGAAAAGGCGAAGAGGAAGAAGGAAAAACGUUGAAGGCCUAGAUCUUUUGUUUAUGAGUAACAAGAGGACUUCGUUAUCUGUGGAUGAAAAUGAUGUGACCAAAGCCUAUGAUGAAGAUAUAGAAACCCCGCCAACUAGAAACAUUCCAUCUCCUGGGCAGUUGGAGCCGGAGACCCGUAUCCCUGUCAUUAAUUUGGAGGAUGGGACCAGGCUAGUAGGGGAAGAAGCUCCCAAAAACAAAGAUCUAGUUGAAUGGUUAAAGUUACAUCCUACAUACACUGUUGAUAUGCCAAGUUAUGUACCGAAGACUGCAGAUAUGUUGUUCUCUCACUUUCAAAAGCCUAAACAGAAGCGACACAGGUGCCGAAAUCCUAACAAGUUGGAUAUUAACACACUGACAGGGGAUGAAAGGGUACCUGUGGUGAACAAACGCAAUGGGAAAAAGAUGGGAGGAGCCAUGGCACCACCUAUGAGAGACCUUCCACGAUGGCUGGAAGAAAACCCUGAAUUUGCGGUUGCCCCAGACUGGACAGAUAUCGUAAAGCAAUCUGGUUUUGUACCAGAGUCAAUGUUUGAUCGUCUUCUAACUGGGCCUGUAGUAAGAGAAGAGGGGGCUAGCAGGAGAGGAAGAAGGCCAAAAAGUGAAAUUGCCAAAGCAGCUGCAGCUGCUGCUGUAGCCUCGACAUCUGGAAUCAACCCACUGCUGAUGAAUAGCUUAUUUGCUGGAAUGGAUCUUGCUAGCCUUCAGAAUCUUCAGAAUCUGCAGUCUCUCCAACUUGCUGGUCUAAUGGGUUUUCCCCCUGGGCUUGCAGCAGCUGCUGCUGCUGGAGGUGAUUCUAAAAAUCCUGCUGCCAUGCUGCCUCUAAUGCUGCCAGGCAUGGCAGGGUUGCCAAACAUGUUUGGGCUUGGUGGACUUUUGAAUAACCCCUUAGCAGCUGGCAGCAGUAAUUCCACUACAGCUUCCAGUCAAGGAGAAACUGAAGAUGGCACUUCGAAGGCUGAUGAGAAGAAGACAGAAACUGAAGAGGAUGCUAAAGACUCUGAGAAAACAGACAAUGUUUCUGCUACUGACUCUGUUGGUGCUGCUACUACCACAGCUGGAUUGUCCACGAAUCCUCUGGCCUUCAGUCCCUUCCUACUCUCCACAAUGGCUCCAGGCCUGUUCUACCCAUCCAUGUUUCUACCUCCUGGUUUAGGAGGAUUGACACUACCGGGUUUCCCAUCAUUAGCUGGACUUCAGAGUGCUGUUAGCUCAAGUGAAGAAAAGGCUGCUGACGACUGCGAGAAUCAGGAACCGAGCGACGCAGAGGAGAGCAUGGAUAAAACAGCCGACUCAUCCAUUUUGGAAGAUGAAACGGCUCAAGGAGAAGAGGCGGAGUCCCCAGAUGGGGAACCUGAAUUGGACAAUGAAAACAAUAAAUAAAAAAAAAAACAGUUAAAGUGUUCUAAACUUUUUGACAAGUGGUAGUCCUACUGUUUACACUCACAGUAAAUGUCCAUAGUUUUUAUAAGCUGUUCUGUAAAAUAGUGUAGCGAGAAAAAAAAGUCCAUGUCACACGGAUUUGUCAAAAGGUAUUUUUGGUCAUUAAGUAUUUUGCAGUGCGUUAUUUAUUAUUCCUAGGAGAAGAUGGCAUUUCCGAGAAAAGAAGAAAUCUUUUUAAAGGAAACAUACAUAAUGCUCUGCGGGUAUUUUUUUUCUCCUUUUUUUUUUUUGUUUUUUGUUUUUGUGUUUUUUUUUUUUUACCGUUGGUAUUAUGAGAGCAGCAUUUUUUUAAUCAUGUUGUGCAAAUAGAAGGUGAGGCUGCUUAAGGAAGUAUGAAGUUAUUUAUCAUUUUUUUCUUUGCUGUGAAGGUCAAGAUAAAUUUUUACAAGUACAUAUCAUAGCUACACGUGUUUGACUGUAUACAGAAACUCCACGUUACCUACACACACACAUGUGCAUACACUCAGACAAUCUCCGCAGUCGAGAGAAUGUCUCAUCCUGGAGACACAGCAAUAAAAGGCAGCUGUUGAAUGUGAAGAGUACCUUUUUGACAACAUACACACUGAGAAACGUUGUUACAGGACAAAACUACAGUUGAAUCGUCUCAUGAAUUUGUAAUGCACUGGUAAAAAGCAUAAAAUUAAAAUCAGGUACCUUUUUUUUUGUCUUUCUUUUUAAAUUAAAGGACUUUGUUACUUUUAGCCACAAAGCUAAACAGCAUUACCUCAACUCUAAACUAGCCUUGAAGUUUACAGUCAAGACUUUGUAAAUGUUUUUUUUUCUUUUUUUGUUUUGGAUUUUUUUUUUUUUUGUGAUGUCUUUUUUGUCUUUUUUUUUUUUUCUUUCAGAAACUGCUAUCAUGUAAGAUAAAAUGUAAAUUGCUGCCAACGUAGUAAUGAUGCUUUUAAUAAAAGUGAUCCAUGAGAUGCAGUGAUGUAAUUAGAGAAUGUAGAAGUGUCUAGGGAAACCAAAUUUCAGAGCUGGUGUUCACCACUUUAUAUUUUGUACUCACAAUAGAAGCAAAUACAGUAUUAUGGCUUUUGUAUA